AUGCGUAAACCGAUUUAUUCCACUGCCAUUCUCAGAGCACUACUUUGCUACCUUUUUACAAUGAUGUUAUGUAUUUUUAUUAAUCUUCGAUGUCAAAUAAGUCAUACAAUUAUCGCAGAUAAAACAAUUAUACAUUUGGUUAAUGAGACCGAUACAACUAUAAAAGCCAUCUCAUUUAAUCUUUUCGAUUUUAUUAAAAUCUGCAGUAAUUCACGAACGCAUACGCAUAAUUCGACCUGCACUGCUCUAAUCUUAAAUGAAUACGUUCGUUUCCAUGCGGCAACACUGCUCGGUUUUGGUCAACCGAAAUUUCUUUUAAUCACACCCACAACACGAGUUGGUCUUGGAAAUCGUUUAGAACAAAUUGAAGCUGCUUUUUUCUUAGCCAUUCUCAGUGGCCGAGCUUUGUUAAUCGAUCAUCGAACACCAUAUCCAUUAUCGUCCUUAUUUGACAGCCGAAAUUUAAAUAUUCAGUGGGACUACAGUGAAUCCACAAUACAAAUGCUUCAAGUGGCACAUGAAAAAUCCCUCAAAACUCAGCGAUUACACGUUAAACAAUUGUCAUCACUACUAAUCAACAAAUCGCUUGAUUUCUACGAUCAUUUCAACAAGCGGUCAUCAGUUCACAUUCUUCACAUUUAUCAACCAGUUAUGCUUGAUUGGCCAUUUGAACUUAUUCACAAGUUGCCAAAGUAUAAAGAUGUUCUACCGUUUCUACUCGGGUCGUGGCCAAAUUAUUUGUUUUCAUUUCUUUUUUCACCCACUCUAUCUAUCAAAAGACGAUAUGAACAAUUUUUCAGAAAAGCUAAGUUAGAUCUGCCUCAAAACACGUGGCCUUCCUUUUUUCCUUGGAAAACAGACACUCAUCGAAAGACGAAUAGACGUUUAAUUGUUGUUCAACUGAGAGUCCAAGGUUUAAGUUCGACUUUUCGAAAUCAUUUCCAGUCUACUAUAACCCGCUAUAUUGGCUGUAUCCAAUAUUUCAUUCAACAGAUGCUUGAAAAGGCGCUUAGUUCAUCCAUAACUGUGUUAUUAGUAUCGGAUAUGACUGGAGAGACAAGGAUUCGUACCCACAAAGAAAUUAAUGAGAAAAUUUCAGAAUAUUGCCAGAACGUUCGGUCUCGUACCGAAUGUCCAGUCGUCUUAUCUCCUACGAUGCCUACACAUUCUGCUAUUAAUAUUUCCGCAGACGCUCUCAUAGGUGUGAUCCUUGAUUUCUGGCUAAUGGGUUCAGGCGAUAUCACAUUAGUUAGUCAUCGAUCAUCGUUUGGCUUACUCGGGACUAGACGUAAUUUGAAUCCAGUUUUCAUCAUGGAUUCAGAUAAUCAAUGCACGCACACAAACGAAUCGCAUUAUCUUGUGAAUAAAUAUAUUGAUAUGAUGGCAUUCUACGAAAAACACGGCUAUUUAAGAAGAACACCAUUGGACUGA